CCUAGUGCUCAUUGCAGUGAGCUCCUUCAUGUUGCAGAAGAGAAGGAGGAAGACCAGUGCUUUUUCUGGUUCUCCUGCCCCUAUAUUACAAAAGUGGAUGACUUUUGGAAAUUUGGAGGCCUUCACCCACCAAAGGCCCAAACUGAAUUACAUCACUUCCUAAAAACAAUCAAAUGUUGUACAUCUCCUUAAGGCAUCUUACAUAUUCACCACGAAGGCAGGAAACAGGAAAUGUGCAUGUUCUGUAAAGUGAAGGAAGCAUGAGAGCAGUAUCGUACCUGGUCACAGAGAGGACAACAUGCAAGAGCACCAGUUCGUGUUGUCUUUCCUUCUGUUGCUGAGUGAAAGACUUCCCUGCUAUGGCUCAUCUACAACAAUGGCAGAAGAAGCAAGUUCCGGGGAUGGUCCAUUGCCAUCUACUACCAUGGCCACAUUGGGACUUACCUCUUCCGUUGCAUUUUUGACAACUAGCGAUCAAGAUGGACAGGACGCUGACACCUCAUUAGCAGAAGCAGAGGGUUCUGAAGUGGGAAGCACCACCACUACAGAACCCACUGAUAUGCAAUCAGCAGGCUUGCAUCCGGCUGUGAUGUUUGGCGUCCCUGCAGCGCUGCUCUCCAUCUUGUUAGUUCUGCUGGUCAUCUUUAUUGUCAGACGCCGGAACCAGAAGCAAUCUAAACAAGAUGAACUUGGAAGUGAAAACUGCAAAAGUCCCAUCUUUGAAGAGGACACACCCUCUGUUAUGGAAAUAGAGAUGGAAGAACUUGAUAAAUGGAUGAACAGCUUAAAACGAAAUGCAGAAUGUGAAUAUUUGCCUCCUGUGAAAGAAGAAAAAGACUGCACUGCCAACCUAAGUGACAGCGAAUCUUGAGGUCCAGAUGGCAUUAUGUGGAUUAAAGGAAGAAGCACACAAAGCAGAGGUCCUGGGAAGCGUGGACAUCAACCUUCUCCAUCUCAAGCAGUCAUUGCCCACGUACACUCUUGCAGGCACUGUUCUACAUAAAGGCAACAUCGACUCUGCAAAGCAGAGAUCUUCCUAUCAAUGUAUGCUGUUGUGAAAUUCAGGAACGACUGGAGAACAAUCCCCUUUCAGACUUUGCUUGGAGUGAUUAAUUUCUUCUGUGUAUUAUUCACAUGAGGAUGGUGUUUUUGUAAGACUCAUCAUUAUGCUAAUAUUCGUAAGUUCAAAGGUCACUGUACCCUUGACUCUGAAUUUCUUUGCUCUUGCGUGUUUAAAUCACAGUUUUCAAAUACAACCCACACCAAUGGCAUUUCAUUUUCUUUCUGGUAAUAAUGAUGAUACCUCACAUAGAUUUGUCCUGAUGAGAGCAGCAGAAACACACACUGAUUCUGGAGAAGAAUGUAAUAAGGGCAUCAUUUAAAACAUCCAGGAGAAACCAUAGGACUGGGUAGCAGGAGAUAACCAGAUGUGUUUCAAUGCUUGUAAGAUAUUUCUGUGAAUACUGCCCUUGCGUAUUUUAGUCACUAGAAGGCACUUAACUUUAAUUGUACCAGGAGAGGGUUAGGACAUUAUUUUUAGUGCACUGUUCCCAUUUGAGAGAAUAAAAUUAUUGUAUUUCCUAUCUUUUUGACUGGCAUGUCCUGUAAGUGAGUGUCUAGCUCAAAUUCUUUAUGGUUUCACAAGAGUUGGAAAUUAACCAAAGAUAAGUACUUAUAAUACUUUUCUUCAAAAACUAUGAGAGAAUUAUACCACAUUACAGUUGUAAUUUAACCAGCAGUCCAAACUGCAAUCUAUUUUCUUGGGUGAUCACAAUGCAAGAAGAAUAGAGAUUG